CCAGAGCUGGGCAAUGUUAUUCAGCCAGUCAUGGCCUGAAAUCACUUGCUUUUCAAUGCCAGUUGAUGACGUUUCUGGAAAGAAUUGACCGCAUUGCAGGAGACUAAAUCACAGGAGCAGGAAUUCAGAUGGCCAUUAUUCUAACACAGAUUUUUGGUGUGCUGUGGCCACCACCCUGCCUCUUUGGUUAUUGUUUUGUCCUGUCUUCUUUUCCAUUAAGUUUUUGUAAUGUUCAGUCUGAAAUUUCUGGUACUUUGCAGCUGGGUGCUUGCACAUUCUUUGUUUAUUUGUGGGGGAGGGGUCGGGACAGCUAAUUAAUUUAAUGUAAUAAAGACAUUGACCAUUUAAUUAGGCUAUCUGAGAUGUUAUUUUUAUUGAAUAUCUCAAAUUGUGCAGCUUGUCGAGGAGAGGUUUGCAGUUCAUUGUACAUUCAUUUUUCACCUGCCAGUUUGACUGAGAGACCCAAGCCAUAGACUUGGGUGUGGGCUCUUUUGACUUAGGGCAGAGACAGAUCACCAUUAUUAAAAUAAAUGAGAGAAAUUGGAAAGGCCAACGGAUGUAGAAAAGGAAGUUCUGUCUUUCAGGUAAAAGAGCCAAUCACCUUUUAGAUACAGACAUUGCCUGUCAGUCAACUCAAGAACUCGCAUUCACAUUAGCUAAACAGAAGUGUUUUCUGUUGUGAUCAUGAUCUGACAUAAAGAAGUACAAUUUAUGAUACUGAAAAUGUCAGUAUUUACUGCUAAUUUUAAAUAUGUUCUUUGGUUGUAAUCUUGACCAACUGUUUGGGAGAUUUCAGUCUUUCCUCAUUCAAGUUGAAAAUAGCUGCUGAUGCCUGGCCUGGAGCAGUCCAAAAAUGGCUGCCGAGUGGACUGACUUGAAGGGGUUUUUGCUUAGGCCAAAAAGUAACCACUCAGAAUACCUUAGUAACUGCACAGCAAUGCCCUGGCAACCGCUUGCAAGACCUAAUGAGUUUUGCAUAGACAGUCAUCUCUCGUAUUUCCUUCAGAAAAUGUACAAGUGAAGCUCUUCUAAUAUAUUGAAUUGAAUAAUAAUUGUGCUUUGUUUUUGUGGGGAACUGCAAGUUCUGUAGCUUAUAAGAUGUGCUCUGAUAACAGACAGUAUGUUUACGUGCACUUUAAAAGUUCGAUUUAGGUUAGACUAAAACAAUAAUUUGUCUUUUUUAAAUGUCAUCUAAAUGCUUUUGUCCAACUGAAAUAGUACAAGACUGUUGUUUGUGAAGCUGGACUAACAGACCCAGAUAAUGCAUUCGUAGCUCGGCUUCUUUCAGCAUAUAGUAUAGACCUACUCGUCAUUAAUCAGAAUUCAAUGUUGUGUACACACAUUUCGAAAGACAGGGGUGCGUGAUGUGUAUUUAACCCAUUGUAUUUGUCGUUCAUCCAUCAAAUGUUGGAUUAUGCAUUCUGACAGGUGAAGACUGUAGCUUGAGACACAAAGACCACUGUUGCUCUAUUAUAACUGCUCAAGCAUACUGAGUGUCAUAACUUUUUAAAGUUUAUCCCUUAAGUAAUGGCUCUUCAGCACUGAAAUAUCGUUCCACAUUACAGAUCAACAACGAAUUACCAGUGUACUCUGAUUAAUAUUUGUAACUGCUUUCUAUAGGAGUGACCUCAACUAUUGUUGAUAUGGCUGAAUUGUCUCUGCUACAUGUGAAAGGUUUGUCUUCUGACACUGCUUCCCUAGUUAGUCCACCUUUGGUUCAGUGAGAGAUCCCACAAGCGUGUGUGACAUUCUCAGCCUCAGCAUCUAUAAAGACCCCGGUCAUGUUCAGUUGUUAUCUUUCCUGGUUUUCCCUGCUGCCACCAUGGCCAUGUUAAGAGUUUCUUCAUACCGUAAGUUGUUUGAGGAGGAGCAGUGGAGCCGGGCUGCAGAACGCUGUGGAUUCCAGGCCCACUUCAGUGCAAGGGGUGGAGUUUCAAUGAGUGUAUGUCCUGAGCCAGAUUUAGCUGCAGCUCGUGCUCUAAACAAGGAGGGUGUGGCUCGAUUUUUCCAUGAGAGCUCUGUCAUCGCCGCCCUCAACGAUCGCCUGGCUGUCCUUAUCGAUGUGGUUCGUUGUCUGGAGGAGGAGAACGAGUCUCUGGUGGUUCAGAUCAUUGAGAUGGAGGAGAGGAUGGAGUCAGAGCAGAGCUCAACGACCACCGACAACAUCAGUGGUCCUGCAGACUACAGUCUGGAGGCUGUGAUAGGCAGACUCCGCAAAGAGAAGGAGGAGAUUUUCUGUGACACAGAGGAGCUGAAGGGUGAGCUGCAGCGUCUUCAGAAGAAAUAUGAUGAGGUGGUUGAACAAAGGACUCUCAUCCAGCUGGAGCGGGAGGAUGUCUCAGUGGAGGUGGAUGCAAUUACCGCUGACUGCCUGGCCCUUCGAGAGCAAGUGUCCAUCUAUGAGGAGCAGCUGGCCACCAUGGAAAGGCAGCAUGAAACGAGGGUGGAGAACAUGCGUGAGCCCAGGCCUCUGGAUGAAGGUUCUCCCAUUGUUUCCCUGCAAUUCCCCUCCAUUGAUAUCACACCAGCUAUCAUGGACAUCAAAGAGUACUACAGUGAGCUGGCUGAAAGCCUAAAGUUUGAAUCCAGAGCCUCGAGUGCUGCCACCAUUGAUGCUGCAGGAAAGGGGAAGCAGGAACAACUGGCUAAGAUGACUCGAGGGAAAGUGAUGGACAUUUCCAAAGAGACGGACGUGAACAUCUUGAAGGACCUGAUUACAGAGCUGCAUAAAGAGGUGGCUGAGCUGGAGAAGUGUGGAGAUGAGCUUGAGACUGAAAUAGAGGCAGAGAAAGCUAAAUACCUGGAAGAGAUAGAAGAGCUAGAGAAUGACAUUUGUCAGCUGGAGGAAGAGCAGGCUGAUCUUCAUCUCCAGAUGAAGGAGCAAAGUGGGGAUAAUGAAGAACUGCUGAGUCAGAAGAUGGCUCUGGACAUAGAGAUCGCUGCCUACAGGGGUUUGGUGGAAGAAGAGGAAGAGAGACUGAGCUGCCUGUAAGGUGUAAGAAAAGGUGAGAGAACAGAGACGCCCAGACGUAGAUGCUCUCCUCUGGACUGCAGCAGACACAAAGAAACACUAAAACUACUUACAAAUCAAUCCUUAACAGUGUCACACAAAUCAGAAAAGAAAAAGAAAACAGAUGUCAGACACACUUAAUCUUUUGAGCAGAUGUAAACCUUCUCUGACAGAUAAACAUCUGAGAGUUCAAGCUUAUUGAUAAUGGGUCAGUGGUAGGUAACCUUAGGUCCUCAAGAAAGACUGUGGCAAAAUGCUUGUGAGGAGUGUGUUAGCACUGGGAGUAUGCUUGUAGAGAGUGUGAGAGAUGGGGUUGGGAUCUUAAGUACAGGAAUCUUCUGUUUGAAACUUAAACCUUUCAAUGUUGCACAUACAUAAUCAUAAUCUCUCACACAUAUACAUUCACACAUUCGCUGUUCCUCUGUGUGUGUGUGUGUGUGUGUGUGUGGCUCUGUUGAAUCAUUGACCCUUUGAGCCUUGUCACUCUGCAAAUACAGGCUCUUGCACUGUCCAAAAGUUUUUUUUAGGGCCUCAGUGAGUGAUUAGAAAGCCCUAUUGCCACAAAUUUCCAAAUACUGUACUGCCCUACAAAGAAAGGUAAAUACACUAACACUGAAGCAGAGAAAAAUGGCUUACAAAGUUUUUUCUGAAUCUGAGCAUAAUAGAGCAUGACAGUGCCUGCCCACUUUUUCAUCCCUCUUGAUUCCGGAAGUAUUUUUCCCAUUCAUUUUUGCCAUAGGGUUUUCAUAAAAUUCUUCAUAUUGAGUUCUAAGCCAUGGAUUAAACCAACCAGCUCAGAGCCUAACCACAACAUUAUACACUUUGAUUUGAAGCAACAAAUUAUUAGAAAAUCGGGACAAAUAAAGAUACCGUCAUUCAUGAGGGACUGAAUUACAAUCCUAUGAAGUGUUGUGAAAUAUGUAAUCAAAUAAAAAUUAUAGAAAAUAUUGAACUACUGACUUAACUAUGACUUUUUUAUUUAUAAGUAUAGAACCAAUAUAUACUGCUUGGCCAAAAAAAAAAUGUGCAUACUCUAAUAUUUCAUUGGACCUCCUUUAGCUUUGAUUAUGGCAUGCAUUUGUCUUGGCAUUGUUUCGACAACCUUAUGCAAUGUCACAACAUUUAUUUCCAUCCAGAGUUGCAUUCAUUUUUGGCCGAGAUCUUGUAUUGAUGACGGGAGAGUCAAACCGGGUUCAUCGCUUCAUGCGCUUCCCUUCUUACCCUGACGUGCCAUGGAAUAGGGUAAAUCUGGACUCAUCAGACCACAUGACCUUUUUCCAUUUCUUCACAGUCCAAUCUUUAUGCUCUCUCGCAAAUUGAAGUUGUUUUUUCCGAUUAGCCUCACUAACAAGUGGCUUUCUUUUUUUAACAACUCCCAAUCCUAUAAGUUCUCGAGGCAUUGUGCGUGUGGAAAUGCUCUUACUUUCACUAUUUAACAUAGUUGUGAGUUCUACUGUAGAGUUUUUACGAUGUGACUUCAAACGUUUUAGUGAUCUCUGAUCACGAUCAUUCAAGAUUUUUUCAGACCACAUUUCUUCCACGAAGCUGACGGUUCACCACUAACCUUCCAGGUUUUUAUAUUGCGUUGGGCAGUUCUUAACCCAAUUCCAGUGAUUUCGGCAAUCUCCUUAGUUGAUUUUUUUGCUUGAUGCAGGCCAAUAAUUUGCCCCUUCUGAAACACAGUAAAAAAAAUUCCACGACCACGGGAUACAUCUUCCGACAUGGUUGUUUAAGAAAUGAGAAGCUACACACUGCAUCAGCUAGGGUUAAAAGAAUUGUUACCAGCUGAAACACAUUAAUCACUGCAAUAAUGAUCCAAUCAUAGGCUCUUAAGUGUCGGCUUAUUUAAAUCCAAACGGGGAUUUAUUUUUUUUGGCCAGGCAGUGUAUUUUAAAUUUCUUGCAAAAUAUUUAAAUAUUUGCAAAAAUCUAGUAGUUUGAAAGUGUAGGUAGACCAUCAUGUGUCAUUCACAGUGUAUCAUGAACGAUUGCGCUUUAUUGAGCAAAACAAGUCACCGGACAGAUCGUGAUCUAAGACCGUUUACAUCUGGUAUUAAGAUGCGUCUCGGGUGAUACAAUCACAUGUAGUCAGGUGAUACACAUCGCUGUUUACACCUGGUCACUUAAAUGCAUCUCCUGUGACCACUUGUGUUCAGAUUUCAAGGGGAGGGUAUCUAAUUUCAGUGUUCUACUGCAGGAUAAUAAACCGCAUAAAAGGCAAAGAAAGCGCUAAUAAAACCAUCGUGCUGUUUCUCCCAGAUGAAAUUCAAUCUAAGCACAGAAGCAACAUUUCGACCAGAAUUAUCCAUUGUUUUAGUGGAGCACCUGAGCUUCAGAUGUGUGUGCUUGUUAUCUGUGUCCCUGCAUGUUGAUAUCAGACACUGAAGAAGUUCUGUGAAGUUCUUUUGCUUGUGUAUGUAUUUGCUUUUUCAAAUUUUCCUAACGUAUGUUUAUUUCCUUUUAAAGCUGCAAAGGUCAAAGUCUUUUUUUUUUUUUUUUUUGGAGCAGUGGUUGAUUGACAGAUGAGGGGUGGUGCUUCACUGCUGUCCAGAACACAUUCAGGACGGGUUAGCAUUUACACCUCAUAUGCAAUAUAGUCACUUGUGUUUUUUACUAACUCCAUGUGUUUUUUGUGACCACAAAAUGUUUUGCACCCCAUUUAGGCCUGUAUUUAUCACGGACCACUUGUGUUUGGAUCACCUGAAACGCAUCUUAAUACCAGGUGUAAGCUGGGUCUAAGAGACCAGAUUUCAGUUGUAACUCUGUUUUAACAAAAUUUGUAGGUACUGCAUAGUAGGCCAGCUAGGCCUCAGCAUUUUUAUUCACUUGUUGGACUAGUAGCUUGUUAAUACAUUUUUUUCUUCAGAGGUUUGAGUGAGUCUCUUGUUGUCUCCUAUGUGCAACUUAUUAAGGCCUUUAAAUAAAUCUUUGCCUUUGAAAUAAUGCAGUCUUUUUUAUUUAUUUAUCUUUUUGCACUAUAUGUUCAGUACAUUUCAGUUCAUGGGAAUAUUUUCUGCGGAGAUGGACUUGAAAGAGACCACAAUUGUCCUGUUGUUCAAGUCUUUAGAAGUCUUGUGUGGAGAGCCAUGGAUUUUUACCCAGCAUGGCUUUCAAUCGUCAUUUUGAACCUUGCACGUAACACUCUGUGAUUAUUUUCUCUGUCAAAAGGUUGUUAUCUGUGCAUUUAAUGUAAAAAUACAGGUACUAAUUCCGGUUUAAUUGAAGCUCAUCUGUAAAGGCCAUGUUGUGGCUGAAAUGACCUGUGCAGCCAUGCUGACACCUCCAAUUCUGUGGAAAUGAAACAUGGGCAGCAGGAGAGGAAGUCACUCCAUCUUUGGGGCCUUUAUCUUCACUGCUGGGGUAUUUAGUCAUUCUUGCUGCCCUAGGGCACCAGAUCACUCUGAACCUCCCCCUCUUUAAACAUGCACACAUCCCAGAGUCAUCUGGGUGCUUAUGAUGAAGAAUGGGACCCUGGGCCUGGCCUGUUGAGCUCUUGGUUUGCUUCUGGUUUGACAGUGGAAGAGAGGUGGGAGGAACUGACAUCAGCAGGGGGAGAUCAAAAGGUCAGGCAGGGUAGUUUAACAAGGAUUUUUUCUUAUUUGAUGCUUAUUGUCUUUCUCUGUCUCACUUUAUCUGGCUUGUUUCUGUUUCUGCUAAUGUGAUGAAUUGCAUUCUCAUUAUUUGUUAAUUUGUUUGCCACAUGAUGAUGUACCACAAAUUAAAUAUGAUCGGUUAAAAUGUUUCUUUAACAUGGGUAAUGUAUUUUUAAAUGAUUCUGCACUGCAUUGUUAAUCAUUCGGGGAGAGUUUGUGAGUCAUUUACAAUUUCAUAAUUUACAUUUUCCCCAAUUUGAAAAGCAUGAAUU